AGAACACAACUCUCUUUUUCCACCGCUUUUACUGUGCACAGCCAGCUAAUAAAUACAAUUAAUUGCCAAUUAAUUAAACAAGCUGCAGGAUGAAUUGUGGCCGAGGCGAUGACUUCCAACGAGCCGCCUAGGAGGAGAAUUUUUCACGCUUUAUUAAAAAUAUUCCUCCACACACCCAUCCCAGAGGAAUCCACAUUUGGGAAGGCGCAGCGACCUCUUCAACGUGGAGCCAAAAAAAUCAUCGAAAAAUCCAUUUAAAGCGCGGAAACAAAGCGGAGGCGCCCGCGCUGCCGCCGCCUCGGAACCUCGGGGGCAGAGAAGGAGCCGAGCCCCGCUGCAGGAUUUGGGUGCUCGGGAGAUGUUGCCAAACCUCGUCCGGAGCUUUUGAAAUCAAGAUCGGCUUUUUUUUUUCUUUUUUUUUGCCUCUUUUCCUUGUUUUUUUUUUCUCCUCCCCUCCCCCUCUGGCCCCUCUCCGGAGGGAUGUGUGCGAUCAGCGAGUGGAAACACAAAUGUCCUGAAUUCCCUGAUUUGAAAGGGAUAAAGUAAAAAAAAAAAAUAAUCAAAAAAAAAACCAAAAAAAAUUCCCCAAAAAAUCAAAAUGUUCCUGACCUGCGAAGGGACUUUGGGCAUCGUUCCCCCCACCUCGGAUUACAGCGGCCAAACCCGGCCAGGACAUUUCCACGCCGGCUACCAACAAAUCCAAGGCAUCAACUUGGGCUACUUACAGAUCAACGGCACCCAGAUGUUCGCCCUGGCCCAGGUGCUCAGCCAGAUGUUCAAGGACAUCCCCAGGACCACCAUCAGCAAAAAAAUGGAAACGCUGAAGAUCAAAAGUCGACGCUGCGACCUGGCCGAGCUGCGGACGCUCAAAGCCAUCCACUCGGUGCCCACCAGAGCCGUGAAAUGCUCGCUCAUCUCCAAAGCGGACCUGGAGGCUCUCUGCACCUCCUGCGAGAGCCUCGGCCCCCGCAGGAGGAAGAGGAGGAGGAGGAAGAGCAGGAGAAGGGAGCAGCUGCUGCUGCAGGGCCCCCGGGAGUUCUUCCCCCUGCCCCUGCCGCCCCCCUGCCCUGCGGAGCCGGCGGUGCCUGCGGAGUUUCCCGCCGGGCCCUGGAGCUUCCCGGCCCGCAGAGGAUCCGGGCAGCUCGGGGUGGGGGAUUUGCUGCUGUUCUGGCCGGUUCUCACCGGGAUUUCAAUGGUUCUUCCCGGGAUUUCAGGUGUUCCACACGGGAUUUCAGUGGUUCUACCCGGGGUUUCAGCAGUUCUACCCGGGAUUUCAGCAGUUCCACCCGGAUUCAGCGGUUAUCUAACCCGGGAUAUUUCAUUGGUUCCCCCUGUGAUUUCACCGGUUCUUCCCUUGUUUUCACCGGUUCCCCCCGGGAUCUGCCCGGUCCACCCCCGGGAUUUGCCCAGGGGGCUCCUCCUGCCUGCAGCAGGAGCCGGGAAGGGCCGAACCCGCAGCUCGCCCAAACGCCAGGGCAACUCCGCUGGCUACUCCAGCGACUCGGACUCCAGCCUGGACCUGGCUGCGUCCAGCCCCGCCACCUCCAGCGACUCCUCGGAGAGGGAAGAGGAGGAGGAAGAGGAGGAGGAAGGGGACAGCUCGUGCAGCAGCGAGGAAGGCAGCUCCUCGGAGUCGGAGAGCAGCUCGCUGUGCAGCGGGGAGUCGGUGCAGAGCACCCGGUACCGCCAGGCUGCCCUGCCCCGGUUCCAGCCGGCCCGGGAGCCGCUGGGCGAGCCCGGGGAGCCCCCGAGCAAAGCGCUGCGCCCCGACCCCGAGCUGCUCUUCCUCUCGCAGCAGCUCUGGGCCCGCACGCUGAGAGCCACAACUUUGGAAAGUUUGGGCUCGGGGGCUCAAGCGGGGUUGUAGAAGGCCUCCUCCUCCUCUUCCUCCUCCUCUUCCUCCUCCUCCUCCUCCUCACCGCCUCCCCCCAGCAGCACAGCCGGAGGGGCCCAGCCACAAGAGCAGCGCGGCUUGGACGCCGGAGGGCAGGAUUUGCACAAAGAUGCCUGGAACAAUAACAGCUCCACCUCGGAGCGCCCCCAGCGGAGCCUCCGCGAGGUCCCCCGCCGUGCCCGGAGCCUCCCCCGGAGCUGCGGGGGGAGCCCCGGAGAGCCCCGGCCGGAACAUUUCGAUCGCUUGAUCCGCCGCUCCAAGCUGUGGUGCUACGCCAAGGGUUUCAACCUGGACGGGAAAGAUUUGCGGAGCUCCGAGGCGAGCCCGGAGCCGUGGAGAGGAGCGGAGCUGCGGUUCCAACCCCGCGGAGCGUCCGAGGCUCGGCAGGAGCGCAGCGCCAAGCGCCGCCGCCUCUCCAGGGUCACCGAAAAACAGCGCAGCUCCUCCAAAUCCACACCGCCAAAAAACCCCAGGAGGAGCUGCAAGAAGGGAAACGCUCCGUGCAAAACGAGCCCGGCUCGGAAUUCUUUCAGCCUCAUGGGUAACUUCCCCUGCACGCCCUCACUGGUGGUGGGGGAGGACGGAGAUUUGUGCCCGGCUUCGUCACUGGGCGGUAAAAAGUCCUGGGCGCUGGCCAAGACUCACCCGCUCUGGAGGUGGCACCUGGGGGGCAGCGCCCGGCCCGCGCCCCCCGCGCUCAAACCCCGAGGGCCGGAGCAUCGCUGAGCAGCGGAACGGCACCGGGACAAUCCCGGGAUAAUCCCGGGAUAAUCCCCGGCGAGAGAGA